AUGACAUCUUUCCACGCCACCUCAUCGUCCUGCACGCUCGACCUCGAUCCCGCGCUCCCCUUGAUGGGCGGCAGCACGAUCCACAUUUCAGGUUUGGACUAUCCGCUGUCGAACGCUUCCACUGAGGUCAAUCAGAUAUCUCUGCAACGCUUGACCAACGUCCCCACCGGUAUGCACUUCUUUGCAUGGGAUCCGCCCUCCAGCGCUUCGGUCCAGUCCUCUCUCCCACCUGGCUUCACCAACCGCGUCGGCUUCUUUGCCCACCUAACAUACGAUGGGCAAGUCGUGCGGCGAGACUUGAGCAGCGGACAUCGCAGUGGAUCGAAAGGAGCGGUGUUGUCGAGAUCCGCAGCUCGGCAAGAGCCCACAGGAAAUAAGCGCAGCACUCAGCUCAGCUUUCCUUUGCCUACCUCCUCUUGGCAGAGCUGGCAGCGUGCGACUGCUUCGCUGGAUAAGCGACCCGAUACUUUGCAACGCGUGCUGGGGGAUCAGCUGAGCUGCUGUACAUCCGACGAACUUGCGCAUCCCGAACGACCCCUCUGUGCGGGCAAGAUCAGCUCGGCCGAGCAAAAGCUGGAAGAGUCUCUCCGGACUGCCAGGCGGAGGGAUGUGAGCGGCGAUGAGCUGGCUGCAAAGGAGGAAGAGCUGGACAGGAGACUGCACUUCACACAGGUGCCGCUCAGAAAGAGCUGGGUAAACACGGUUGGAGAGGAGAGGACGAGAUGGAGUUUGGACAAAAGUCUGGCUCUUAGAAAAGCCGUCGACUCGCUGGCUGGUGGUCAGUCGACUGGUGCCAUCUUGAGCGCACAUAAAAAAACAAAGGCUUCGCUGACCUCGCUGAUACUCCCACUGCAAACCUCGCUUCUCUGCACUCACAGAUCUUACAGCGCUACUUGCAGAAUUCGAACUCAGCUUUGUGCUAUUUGUCUCGCUUUCCAGUCCCGCAGCGCUGAGCCACUGGCAAUGCUUCGUCGAGCUGUUUUGCAGAUCCAGAGCUGCGAUGGGCGCUCAAUCUAUCCACCAAGUCUCCGGUCAAGGACUAGAAGCAGUCUUACAUGGGGCCAGCUCUACUGCAGUAGCCGCACCAGCAGUCAAUGGCAGUGCCGCUGCUAGCAAUGGCAGCAAGUCGAGCGCUACCGAUUACAGGAUACCGGAGCUACACGCUGCAUUCAUGCAGACGCUAUGUGCCCAAAUCAAUCUUUUGGACACAGAGACGCUUCUGGGCGAUCAAAGUUCAAGUGACAAUCUGGCGUAUUGGCUCAGUCAGGAGCUUCACUUGCUAAGGUCAGCCGUCACCGACACUCUAGCCAUCAGCGCAUCUCCAUCUUCCAUUGCUACAACACCAUCGAAUACGGAUCGGUGUGAUCCGUCCGAAAAGCUCAUAUCGUGCUGGAGGGUUCUGGCGCGCGUUUUCAGGGAAAAAUCGGGAGUGGAUCUGGAUGAGAGGAACGAUGAGGAGAUUUUGCUGCAAGAACAGGAGCUGUUUGAGAGGGGCAUUCAGAUGGGCGCGGAGGAUGCUCCCGUCGUUGUGGACCUCUGA